AAAAAAAAAACAGUUUAUUAUCUUAAGCGGUUAAAUGGCCGCGGCUAGUGAGAACGAAGAACGUAAAGAAUCGUAUUCCGUAGGAAUCGACUUGGGCACAACUUAUUCGUGCGUGGGCGUUUUUCGAAAUGGAGAAGUGGAAAUUAUACCAAACGAACAAGGUAACAGGAUAACGCCAAGUUAUGUGGCAUUCACGGAUAACGAGAGACUAGUGGGAGACCCAGCGAAAGAACAAGCCAUAGCUAAUUCGGAAAAUACAGUUUAUGAUACCAAAAGACUUAUGGGCAGACAUUUCGAAGAUCCUGUAGUCCAACAAGACAUCAGGUUAUGGCCCUUCCAAGUAAUCAACGAUGCAGGAAAACCAAAAAUACAGGUUCAGUACAAAGGCGAGUCGAAAACCUAUUUCGCCGAAGAAAUCGCAUCGAUGGUGAUCGGUAAAAUGAAGGAAAUUGCCGAAACCUACUUGGAUUCCAAUGUUUCGAAGGCCGUGAUCACGGUUCCGGCCUAUUUUAACGACUAUCAAAGGCAGGCCACAAAAGACGCAGGAACAAUAGCAGGACUGGAUGUUAAGAGAAUUAUUAAUGAACCCACUGCUGCAGCUAUUGCAUAUGGGCUUGAUAAAAAGGUAGAAGGGGACAAGUACAUUUUGGUGUUUGAUAUGGGAGGUGGAACUUUUGAUGUUUCGGUUCUUCAACUUGGAACAGAUGGAAUUUUUGAAGUGGAAUCCACUGCUGGCGAUACACAUUUAGGUGGUGCUGAUAUAGACAAUAGGAUGAUGCAGUAUUUUGCAGAAGAUUUUAGAAAGAAACAUAAAGUGGAGCUUUUGGCCAAUAAAAAGGCGUUGAGAAAAUUACAAACGGCAUGUGAAAGAGCCAAAAGAACUCUUUCUACCUCAGAAGAUGUUUCAAUAGAAAUAGACGCCAUAUUUGGAGGACUUGACUUUCAGGCUUCAAUUUCGCGAAGUAAAUUUGAAGAAAUAAAUAACGAUAUAUUUACUAGAACUCUUGAACCUGUCAAAAAAGCCUUAAGGGAUGCAAAAAUAGAUUUCAAAAGGGUUGAAGACAUAGUUCUAGUUGGUGGCUCCACUAGGAUUCCGAAGAUACAGCAUCUUCUUCAAGAAAUGUUUCCAGGCAAACCAAUUAAUAAUUCCAUUAAUCCAGAUGAAGCGGUUGCAUUUGGUGCUUCAAUACAGGCUGCCAUAUUAUCUGAAAACGCCAAAGGUGUUCCAGAAAUUCUUCUUCUGGAUGUCACUCCAUUAUCCUUAGGGAUUGAAACUGCUGGUGGAAUGAUGGCCACGUUGAUAAAGCGUAAUUCUACUAUACCGAUUACUCACACACAAGUAUUCUCCACAUAUUCAGAUAAUCAAUCAGCCGUUUUAAUUCAAGUAUAUGAAGGGGAGAGAACGCUUACUAGGGAUAAUAAUCUGUUGGGUAUUUUCGAGCUCUCUGGCAUUCUGCCAGCACCAAGAGGUAUUCCACAGAUUGAGGUUACCUUUGAACUGGAUGCAAAUGGAAUUUUGUCUGUGAAAGCUAUAGAGCUAACAAGUGGUACAGAAAAUACAAUAACAAUAAACAAUCAAAGAGGUCAGUUUACAAGAGAGCAAAUAGAGGCGAUGAUUUCAGAUUCGGAGAAACACAAGGAAAAUGAUGAUAUUUUAAGGGCCAGCACUGCUGCAAAAAAUGACCUAAAAACUUAUGUUGAGCAUAUAAAAAAUUUCAUUUUGAUAAACACUAGGUUGGGAGAUGAAAAAAAGGCAAAGCUAUCUGAAGCCAUCGAUAAUAGUGAACUUUGGAUACAACUGAACGGUGAAGCAUCAGAAAGAGAGUACGUGCUUAAAAAACGCGAGUUUGAAAAUAUUAUUAAGCCUUUACUUAGCGAACCGAUAUCUUUAAACUUACCUGCUGACAAUAAUGAUAGCGGAUCUGCUCCGAAUAUAAACGAUAUCGAUUAAAGUACAUGUAAAAUACUGCUUAAGAUAAUAAACU